GGCUCGGACGGAGACACACUUGCACCGAGAGCAGCCAUAGUCAAGACACGGCAACAACAACAGCGGCGCCUCCUCCGCCCGGGCUGCCUUUUCCCCCCCAACACUACUCUUUAAACCGAGCAAAGCCAGGUGCACGACCGAGUGCCUGCCAUCACCGGCGCCUCCAGUCUCAAUGGGAACAACCUUCUUUCUCCUUCUCCCCAAACGAGGACGAGAAUGUGAUUAAAAGCGGUGGAAAAUGCCAAGGAGGAAGCAGGAGCAACCCAAGCGCCUGCCUUCACAUUUGGACAGCAAUGAGGAAGGAGGACCAGAUGCUGGUGCCGUGGAGGACGAAGGCUGGUUUGGGAAUGCCUCUGACACACGCUCAGAAUCAUCAUCCUAUGGAGACACCCAGGAUGAACUCCUUCUCCAAAGGGGUUCAUCUCCCGACGAACUCCCUGGAGUCAGCACGGAGCAUGACAUAGGCGGAGGCGAAGGCUCUCUCGGUUGCCCGACACCUGUCCACCGUGCCUCUUUGGAACUUCUCAGACUGGAUGGUGGAGCGUUCUCUGCACAGGAUACUCUCUCAUCGGUGGUGUCAUCUCUCUAUGGCGAGGCAGCGUCCCGAGCUUUGGGGAAACCUCUCAGCAGUAACCUGCGGCGCCUCCUAGAGGCUGGGUCGUUGAAACUGGACGCAGGAGACCUUUUGGGUCGGUCAUCCAGGGGGAGUGGAGGAGGUGAAUCCCCACCGAUUGGUUUAGCGCCACCUCUGACCCUUUCUCCAUCUUCCCAUCAUGCUCAGCAGUUAAGUGCCCUUGCACGUAAACUUGCCAAUAACAACAACAACAGUGGAUCAGCCUCGCCAGCCUCCUUGGCGCCCUCGGUCAGCGUAAAGCAAGAGCCCCUGGAUCCCUUUAACAAUGUUGCUACCAGUAAUGGAAGUGGCUUUGUAUGGGCAGGUGUUGCCGAUAAGUGGCCGCCAGCCAGCUGCUCCACACCUUGUGGAUCCAGCCUCUCUCCGGACUCUGCGAUCCAAAAGUUAAAAGCAGCGGCGAACGCGGUACUUCAAGACAAAAACGCUGUGGCCACCUCAGCGACGUCUUUAUCCUCUUCCACGUCUGCUGCAUCAGCAGUCUCGGCCCUUGGGGGUGGCGGAAGAGGAGAUGAUGUGGUGCGCUUUGAUGCGUUCAACUCUCCUUUUAGCCCACAGUCUGCCAGCUCCACCCUUGCUGCCCUUUCCAAGAAAGUCAGCGAGAGGAGCCAAGCCUCGUCAACGGCCAGUGCUACGACCGACCAUCAAAACUCAGCAAGUUCCUUUCUCUCACUUGUGUCUAUGACAUCCUCCGCUGCCUUGCUCAAAGAGGUGGCUGCCAGGGCAGCAGGGAAUCUGCUUGCGGAAAAGAAAGAUGGGUCCCCCUUGUCAGCCACUGGUGUCCUCCAAGAGGACGUGAAGCCACAGCUGGAUAAGAACCAGAAGACCUCUGCUCCAUCUACACCCACUCAGAGCCUAGAGUUGUUGCUGCCCUCUACACCGAAGGGCAGAGGCAAGUCCAAUAGCCAAGCAGGCUCCCCUGAGGAGGGUGGCAAACCAUUCCAGUGUCCGGUGUGUGGACUUGUCAUCAAACGCAAAAGCUACUGGAAGAGACACAUGGUCAUUCACACCGGCUUGAAAAGCCACCAGUGUCCCCUGUGUCCCUUCAGAUGUGCUCGCAAAGACAAUCUAAAGUCCCACAUGAAGGUCCAUCAGCACCAGGACCGAGGAGAGACUUUUCAAUGUGAGCUGUGCCCCUUCACCUCCUCCCGACACUUUAGUCUGAAACUUCACAUGCGCUGCCACCAGCACUUUCCCCGAACAGAAGUCAAGGUGAAAGAGGAGCUGACCACCGACACAGAAGGUGAGGGCUCCCUGAUGGGUGACAGUGGAUCUGCGGACCUUCGGAGGACAGAGGUGUCCCCGCUCCAGCAGGACAUUCAGCGGCAGAUUUCUCCUCCGACAGAGGCUUCUUCCAAUCAUGUUAACAUCAAGGAGGAGCCCCAGGAGAGGGACUUGUCUGUGCUCACACCGUUUAGUAUUUGCCGGGACCGACCCAACAGCAGCACCAACUCGCUCGACCUACCUGCCGUGGGGUCUGGUGUGGGAGUCCGCUCGAGUCCUAGUGGUCCAACCACAGCGUCUCUCUUCAGUCCUGACAUCUCAACCAAGACGGCCACUGACCUGCUUAUGAAGCUGUCAGCGGCCAACCAGAGGGAGUCGUUGAAGUCUCCGUUUCAUCUGAAGGAAGAGCCCAAAAUGGAAGAAGCCCUGAGCCCGAGACCGUCUUCACAGAACCAGAUUCAAUCGAACUUCUCUGCCGCGUUCUGCCAGGAUGGGCCGACAGGGAUCGCAGCAGCCACGGAGCCAGGGCCACUCAAGGCUCGGGAAGGAAGCCCCACAGCAAAGAACAGCUUGUUGAGCCACGAUAUCAAUGUGAAAGUGGCCUCGGAGCUGCUCAUUAAACUCUCAGAGAACAACAAGGAAGCCCAGUACCAGAAGGUCACAGUAAAGCCUGAGCCAAUGGAGGUGGAUCCACCCCCUUCGGAAGUCACUCCCUCUACUCCUCACCUGCUGCCCUUCAGCACUUUAGGGGCCAACGAGAAGAUCGAGCCGAUGACCGAGCCGUCGGCACACCCCCAGAAAGACCUCUUCUCCCAGGACAUAUCAGUCAAAAUGGCCUCGGAACUACUCUUUAAAUUGUCAGAAAAAGUCAGCAAGGCAAACAACCACAAGGACAACAUGGUGGGAAUUAACAGUCCUUUCUUGGACGACUGCUUCAGACAAUCACCUUUCAACUCGCGCUCCAAAAGCUCAUCCCCUGCGGAAGCCAGUUCGUCCACCAGGUUUCAUGAUUCCGAAAAAGACGAGGAGGAACCAGGAAACGGGAUUUCUCAAUGGCGACUCAGUGAGCAGCUCUUCCCGUGUCCCGUGUGUGGGAAAGUGUUUGGAAGGCAACAGACUCUCUCGAGACACCUGUCCUUACACACCGAGGAGAGGAAGUACAAGUGUCACCUCUGUCCUUACGCAGCCAAGUGCCGGGCCAACCUCAAUCAGCACUUGACGGUCCACUCUGUCAAGCUGGUCAACACAGAUGCUGAGCAGAUUGUCAGCGCCAUCACCGCUGCCGACCCCGCCGAGCGCAGGAACUGCCCCUACUACUACAGCUGCCAUGUGUGCGGAUUCCAGACGGAGAUGAAUGCCCAGUUUGUCGGCCACAUGUCGCUCCAUGUGGACAAGGAGCAGUGGAUGUUCUCGCUCUGCUGCAACGUCUGCGACUACGUGUGCAUGGAGGAAAACGACAUGAAAAACCACAUUAGUACGGGACACGCAGGUCUGAAUUCCAAAAGUCCCCUCAGUGAGACCAAAAGCACCUCGUCGUCCCUGUCCGCCCUCAGCGAUUCUCUCAACAGCUCUGAAGGUGGUGACCUCACCCACGGGAACGAAGAGCUCAAGAGUCUCCUGGCCCCGCCUUCGUCGGCGGGAAGCCAGUCCAGCUCUGGGAGCAACUCUGGCUCCGGGACUGAAGAGAAGUCGGACAAAGGCUUCGAGUGCGUCUUCUGCAACUUCGUCUGCAAGACGCGCAGCAUGUACGAGCGCCACCUCCAGAUCCACCUCAUCACGCGAAUGUUCGAGUGCGACGUCUGCCAUAAAUUCCUCAAGACGCCAGAGCAGCUGUUGGAACACAAGAAGUGCCACACCGUCCCCUCCGGAGGGCUCAAGUGCCCUUUCUGCAUCUACUCCACCAAUCGUCCAGCGGCCAUGGAGUGCCACCUCAAGACGCACUGUAAGAUGGAGCACCGCUGCCGCAUCUGUCAGGGACUGUGGCCCGACCAGGCCUCGCUGGAGGCCCACAUGCGUGGGCACCGCCUGGGCAACCACUACAAGUGCCAGCUGUGCGGCUACUUGUCCAAGACAGCCAACAAGCUGAUCGAGCACGUGCGUGUGCACACGGGCGAGCGGCCCUUCCACUGCGACCGCUGCUCUUACAGCUGCAAGCGCAAGGACAACCUCAACCUGCACAAGAAGCUGAAGCACGCGCCGCGCCAGACUUUCGGCUGCCGAGAGUGCCCCUUCACCACCACCCACCCCUUCGUCUUCAGCCGCCACCUCAAAAAGCAUCAGGGCGGAGGAGCGGGGGACAGAGGGAGAGGUGGAGGAGAGGAGGAGGAGGAAGAGGACGCGGGGGAGCUGCCGGUCAAGGCGCCACCGCAGAGGGAUUCGCCGGCGAGCGAGUCCGAGAAGCCCCUCAGUGCGGGGAGGGAAGGUUGGAGCCCCCUCAGCAGUCUCUCAGCGUCGGAGGCGCUGCGCUCUGUCGCCAUGUCGCUCGCCAAGUCCGAACGGGAGACUCCUCCCGAUGGCUCGGUUACAAACGGCAACAACGGCCACCCCUCCCUGCUGCUCCCCCCCUACGGUCACAGGUCGGAGGAGUACAGCGAACACCUGAUCCCCCUCACCACCUUGCUCACAUUCCGAUCGCAGCUCUCCUCCCACAAGCCGUCGGCCUCGUCCCCUCUCCUCUCCCGCUCCUCCCCCUCCUCCCACAAACACUCCUUCCUGGCCUACCUGGGACUCGCCGAGCGGGCCAAGACUGUGUGACCCGCCCUCCUCACUCCUGGGACGGUGGUGUGAUUCCCGCCACCGCAGCUGAAGUUUGUUUUCCAAUCAGACCAGCAGAAUAAGCUGGAGCAAACACACGAGACGGAGAACGGCUGUACAUGCUAAACCACGACUUUAUAUUGAAACGCUGCUUUUUAUUAGCCGUUCGACUUUUCGAAACGUCUCAGAUGACCUUGACCCAUAAUCUCAGAAAAAUCAGUGUUUAUCUUCUUAUGCCUUUUUCUUUUUUAAGACGGAUGGGGGGAAAAAAACGAAACAAAAGCGGCGAGGGCGAUAUUUUAGUGCAUUUUUGUCUCCUGCUAUGAUGCAUCAGAAAAAGCAUGCCUGUUUCCGUGUUUCUACUAGUCGUGAGGAAGCCGAAUAAUCCCGAAGUGUUUGCUCUGCAACGUGGACGGAACCAAACGGAUGAAACGCCUCAAACCACGCACUUAUUUAUCAACCUUGUACAUAGUUUUGUAGCCCCUCCCAUCUUUUUUUUUUUUUUAUUAUUUCUCUUCUGUUUUUUUUCGUACUUUGGUGGAAGCAUACGAUGCAUCCGCUGCCUGGUAUCACUUCUGUGGCGACGUAACGGGGUUGUGAUCAUGUAAAUAGCGAAGAUUAUUCUCCAAACCCCCAGUGGGAAACAUCCUAAAUUAUUAGUAACACAUCUGUAAAACUGUCAUAGCUGAGGCCGCGUCCACACCACUGCCUUUUUAUGUCUCUUGGCUUGACUUGUUUGUCAGAGAUAACGCAAGCAAAUCAAAAGUCAUUUCCCGACUUUGGAACUGCAUCGAGUCUCAGACCUUGUUACGUGAGAAAAGCUCCUAUAGUGGGCGCAAGUUUCCCGUAAAGCACUGGAAAAGACAGCGUUCAUUCACUCCACGUAUGAAGUGUAGAAGAUGAGCAAGGCAUAAAACCUUGUUCAGUUCAAGUCAAUAUCACAGGUGGAAGCAGUCAACUUUCAAACCAAUGGUAUCUGAGGCAGCAUCCACAUGACCCUUUAGGCGGAAAAUGAAUGGCCUCUGCUGAUUCCAUACCAGCUUGGUUUUGUUUUGAGCCGCACUCAUUCAAGUAAGACAAAAACGGAGAUGGAAGUAAACAACUAUAUAAAAAAAAAAGAGGAAAAACUAGUGUCUUAGUGAAGUAGAAUGAUCAUAACAUAAGUGUAUAAAGAGGUGGUGAAGGUCAAAUUUCGCUGGUAAAGUACCGUAAAAUGAGGCCAUGACUUGUAACACAGCAUGGAACGUCAAGUCUGCGCUGAGCCACUCCAGAAACUGGCCCCAAACGUGGUCCUUCCCAGGGUUAGAAGUUUCGUGCGGACAAGUAUUUGAUGCCUUCUCCUGAUUAUUAUUCCGCUCUCACCGAUGUCGGUCAGUGUUUUCUCACGUCUUCGACGAGGCGGCUCGAAACGAGUGAAUCCCAUUAGCAGUUUUUAAAUUAGCAUUUUAAAAUCUGCGAAAAAGAUGUAAGCUACUGAUGAGGAUUCAGGUCAGGAAGAGCCGUGAGAGGACAGCCGCCAAAACAAAGGCAUAUGCGGUGGUCUGGCCGCCAGCGAGUGGUCACAUGAUCAUCGUAUAGCAAGGUAAACGUGGGCUCCUUAGAGAGGAAGUGUCGGUGGUGUGGACGCAGCCGGAGCGAUACCAGCGCAGCGGCACGUGCAGAGCUAUGAUGGACGCACCAAACCUCCGAAGAGUUCUAUAAGAAAACUGUUUUGUGGAGGUGACCGGGCGCGACGCCGAGGUCACCACAGGCCGAUUCAAUGGUGCUUUUUGAAGCUUUUUGUAAUUUUUUUGUGAGAAAAAAAAAUACGAGAGGAAAAAAAAUGUUCCAAAAUGACUUGAAUGAAUGUAUUUUUCUUUAUGUACAUGGAAAAAAAAGUGUGUAUUCUCGGUGGAGACGGGACUGUUGGUAUGUUUGGUGGCCUUGUGUCUCUUUUGUUUUAAUCUUUCAUUCAUACUUUUGUUUUGUCAUACUGAGCCUUUUUACACACAUGAAACAUCGACAUGACCCGAGCGUCGCGUUGAGUCAACGUCAAAGGUGCAAUGAUGAAGCAAAGCCAUGCACUUGUGCAGCCUCGCUGUUCGACCGGCAAACAUGGUAACCUCUGCCCCCCCCUCCCCCACCACUCCCGAAUCUUCAACUCCCCUCCCUUUUUAUUUUUUAAAUUGCACUUCAAGUAGUUACAUUUAAAGCCAAAAGCACUUAAUUUUUUUUUUUACGUUUGCGAGAAAUUCAAACCCGACGAGUUGCUGUUCUGGACAGACUCAAUCACCUGCUCCAAAUUUAGGAAACCGAGACACUUGCAGUUCCCCUGGGAGCGAAAAGCUCCCAGGCUAAAUUCGCGAUCGCCAACUUUGCACAGUGCUGCACUUUUUUUCCAGGAUGUAUUCGUUCCGUAAAGCUCACGAAAAGAAGGGCGGGGUUUUAUUUAGCAAAAGCUUUACCCAUUAACGGUGGCGCUCGUGUUCCUAAGUGGCCUUCAAGCCAAAAUCCCAACUGUGUGAAGGGAUUUGUUUCUUUUUGUUUCUGACAUACCGUUGUGUUUUUAAUUCCUGUGUCGUUCGUGUCAUUGAAAAUGUCAGUUGAGGAUGACUCAAGACCAAAUGCAACUCCCCCCUGCAGGAUGUGAGUUUAGGAUGGAAUCCGCCACGUACUGUUCCGAGCGAGUGUCAGCUGAUCCGCUUCCUCAUCUGCUGUGUGUCAGUCCAGCCACCGCCGCGCGCAUCUUUUGUACUCUAGUGCCACUUGGUGGAGAGAAACCACCCGAGACUUCUGAGAUGAGUCAAACGAAUUGUCAGGGUCCAAGAAUAGAAUGUGUCCUCCACUUGUGAUGACAUCACAGCCUUUUGAGCAGCCACACCGGAAAACAUUGCAAAAACUCUUCCGAGGAAACUUGAUACUUUAGUGAAGACUUUCUUCCUCCUGGGACGUCUAGUGAUGUUCUUCCUCAAAUACGUCCAGUUGGAUUGUUCCGUUCUAGAAGUUUGGAAUCAAUGUUUUUGGAUGGUGUCGCAAAAGAUGCUGAGGUGAUGCUAAUAGCGAUAGAGGAUAACACCCAUUCGUGGAUGGGUCAUGGGGGAAGGAGUCACCAGACCACCCUCUCUCGCAACCCAGACAACCGAGAGGCACAUCUCUCCGGUGGUCUGGGUUUUUCCAGGGUCUUCUCCUAGUCUCUGUCUGUCCAGACUUCAUGACCAUGAAGUGUCUGCACAGGUCCUUCCCUCACUCGUCACCUAGACCCCAUGGUACUUGCACUCCUCCAGCGUUGAACUCGGGCGUGUUGAGGUCAGGCGGGGACGGGACAUUGGUCAAGGCUGAAGACGUCUACUUCCAUAUGAAACUAUCUCCACACUCGUGUUUCCUUGUAGAAUCUCGGGGAGUUUUUGCAGUGUUUUCUGGCGUUAGCAUGGCGCGCCUCACCCACACCCCCCGCCGAGCCACAUGUUAAUGCUAAAUUGAACACGAGAAACGUCAAGCACUUAUUAUUUCAGCAGCACUUGUUUUUGUAAAAAGCUACCUUUCUUUCAGCACUUCAGAGAGAGUGUGUGUGUGUGUGUGUGUGUGUGUGUGUAACAUGGCCCUCCCCAAUUCUCUGCGUCACAAGUGCACUGUCUUCGAUGGUUCGGCUUUAAGUUUGUAUGUUUUCAUUGAAAAAGGCUCAACUAUAUUAUGUUCUGCCACUCGCUGAAGGUUGGUAAAGACGCUGUACAAAGCUUUUUUUUUUUUUCUUUUUUACUCUUGUCAAGGCUGUACAGGGUUUGUGACGAUAAACUGGUAAAUAGAUCAUUUGUACCUUUUUUGUUUUGUAUUGGUUUUUCUUUGGCAUUACGUUAUGUUCAAUUUGCCAGAUCUAAAUGUAAAAGGAUUUGAAAGUAAAGCUUACAUCAUAUUACACUUGUGGUCGUCUCUCUGCACACACAGCGCGGUAUGAAGCCGCCAAACCUCUUAUGGGUCAGAACCAACUCUCCAGUUGAACAUGGGUCAGUCGGUCCGAAGAGGUGGGCAGAUGCUGUUGGGAAGGGCCUUCGUCGCUCCAGGUUGAUCGAAAGGGAGUCCGGUUCAGAUCCCGGAAUCUAGAGCAGGUGUAGACAGGCGCCGCAAGCGAAGCCAGUGGGUGCCC